AACUUCAUAACUUUGAUAUCUUAUAUAAUAUUUUAUUAUAAUUGUAAUAUAUAAAUACUUAAAAAUUUUUUAAUUUUGUUAGCUGACAUGAUGGAAAUAAAGAAAUUAGAGACAAAGAAUUGUAUAUUAAUUUCAAAUUUUGCUGCAAACAAUUCUGCCGGUUGAAUUAACCGCUAACUAAUUAAACAUGGAAGUUUAUUGAUUUAAUAGCAAUGUUUGUAAAAUUUCUAACUAAAUUUGCUCUUUUCUAAUCUAUUCUUUUUUUCGUGCACCAAACAAUGAUAGAUUAAAAAUUACUUAUCCCCUCCUCCUCCGUAAACUUUGAACUAAAUUUUAUUUGUUUGAUAUGUAACGUUGUGUAAGGUUAUAUGCACUCGUGUGCUUGUUAUCUGCAGAAAAAUGUAGUUCACGUAUACACGAAAGAUCAAUAUCGACAUACAUUCAUUACAUCAUAAUCAUCAAUCAUAGCAAAAUUUGCGUCGCAGAUCGCAUUGCGAACAAUUGUUCACCGAGCUUUAGUGCACAAUGUUCGCGACAGGUGAUGAAUCAUGGGACAAAGACGAAUAUGAAACGAAAGAUAACACCACAUCGGCAUUUGAUCCAAUUGAACAUCAACAUAUAAGAUAUAAUCCAUUAAGAGGAGAAUGGGUACUGGUAUCACCACAUCGUAUGAAGCGACCUUGGGGAGGUCAAAUAGAACCUAGUACAGAUGAGGAGUUGCCAGAUUACGAUCCCAAUAAUCCACUUUGCCCAGGAAACAUUAGAGCUAGUGGAGAAGUAACUCCACUAUACCAAAAUACAUUUUCGUUCGUGAAUGACUUUCCUGCUUUAUUGGAAUCCGUGCCGGAUCCACCGAAAUCAGAUGAUGAACUCUUUCAAAUGGGAUCUGCUAAAGGUACUUGCAAAGUGAUGUGCUUUCAUCCAAAGUCAAAUGUAACAAUAGCGUUAAUGACAAUUCACGACAUUAAAGAAGUAAUCAAGCAGUGGAUCUUCGAGUUAUUAGAGUUGGGUAAGAAAUGGACUUGGGUCCAAAUAUUUGAGAAUAGAGGUGCCUUGAUGGGCUGUAGCAAUGCGCAUCCUCACUGUCAGAUAUGGUCCAGUUCAUUCUUACCGAACGAAAUUAGAAUAAAAGAUGGAUAUCUCAGGGAUUACUAUAUGCGUAACAAGAAACCUCUUCUCAUUGAUUACAUGCAGAAAGAAAUUAUAAAAAAGGAUCGUAUUGUAAUCGAGAAUCGUGAUUGGGUAAUCGUAGUACCGUUCUGGGCAGUUUGGCCGUACGAAACUAUGGUAUUACCAAAAAAGCAAGUAACUAGAAUGCAAGAUUUGUCGGACAGCCAACAAGAAUCUCUAGCUGUCAUCAUGAAGAGAUUAUGUACAAAAUAUGAUAAUCUUUUUCAUUGCUCUUUUCCAUAUUCGAUGGGAUGGCACGGCGCUCCAAUGGGUCCAAAUAAGCAGAAUCAUGAUUAUCCGUAUUGGACUUUUCAUGGGAUGUACUUGCCACCUUUAUUACGAUCUGCUACCAUAAAAAAGCACAUGGUUGGAUACGAACUUUUAGCUCAAGUACAGAGGGAUCUGACACCAGAACAAGCAGCAGAAAAAUUAAGAAAUUUAUCAGAUUCUCACUACAAAUAUCCGGAAACUAGUUUAACUAUAGAGGAAAUAGAAAAAUAUUCGAAUUAAAUAUAUGUAAAUGAGAUAUAUAUUUUCUAUAAUUAUUUAUAUCAAAAUCUAAAAACAUAAAUUUUUAUCAAAUAUAAAGAUGCGAAAGUUCUAUUAGUCAGUAACGGGUUUUGGUGCUCAAUAAUAUCUUUUAUGUAAAUUUUUUACAAUUAUUUGUACAAAUGUUAAUUCACACAAACUGCCGAUUAUUUGUCGGUUUUUAAAACACAAUUUUAAUUGGAGUUAGAGUAUGUAAUAUCACAAGUUAAACUUAUGAGCAAUUUAAUAAUACUUUGGUGCUAACAAAUAUUUUCGAAACACUGUAAAGAACUUGUAAAAAAUAUCUUUUUACAUUCUGUGUGGGCGUUUUACCGAUUUAACUAUCGAGUUCAUGUGGUAAUAUUCCUUAUAAAUUUUUAUAUUAUUUUGAUGGUAUAUUAUUCAAUAAAAAAUAUAUUAAACAAAUAUAUCAACACAUGAUAUGUGAUCUUCAUUUAAUGUAAUAUAAAUUAAUAUUUAGGAAAUUUCGGAUUAACCUUAUUACUCCAAGCAUGGAUACCUCCGAUUAUGUCUCUUAUUUUUAAAGUGUCUUCGGUAAAUAUGUUUUUUAAAUAUUGAACAGCCUUUUGUGAAUCAUUACCACGUCUGCACAGAAGAUAUACUGAAAAAGUAAAUACAGUAAUCUAAGAUUGUAUUUUUACACAUAAAAAAAUAACUGUAAUUAAAGAAUUAAAAUAUAGACAUGCUUACAAUCUA